AUGGUACGCUCCCAUCCUCUCGAUCUGCCGUGGUAUGUCCAGUGGAAACCCCCGGUUCUUCCUUCCCCUUUCUGGGAUUCGCUGUGUCAUGAUUUAGCGCAGUCGUCCUCUGUUUGGGUCUGUUUAUCUGAAAUGCUGGAGGAAAAUAUUAGUGGAGAUGAUAGUUCAGUAUCUAGUUUGGUGGAGAAGUAGGCGGAGGACACCGUUGAAUGAUAUUGAUAGGACUCCCUCGCCGUGUCAUGGGAGCAUACAGAAAUAAGUUCAGGAGGAAGAAAUGUUGGUGCACCUGAGAGUUCAAGUCAGAGUUGAGCUAGUCGGUGAGUUGACUAGGGGCCAUUUACCUUUUACAUAUGGGCUUCUCGAUGCUACCGUAAAUAAAUCCUUGAGUUUUUGGUUUCCUUAGUAUUGUCUGAUUUAUUAUGUGUGCACUCUCUUGAGGCUUGGAGCAUCUUAGCAAUAGCCCAGCUAUCAUUGUCUAAUUGUGAUAUUCCGAGCGGUGUUUCCGAUGAUAAUUACCUGAACUAGGUUUGUAAGACGUUCACCCUUGAUGUUUUUCCACUACGUCUGGAUCUAAGGGAGGAAAACAGCUCUCGUUGGAGCCUGAACUGAGUGUAAUUUUAUGAUUUUUGAAGGGAGAUGAUUAUCUGAACGUGUCUGCGAGAUUGACAUUGGCUGAUUGCAUGCGGCGUCUCAUAUUUCAGAUCAGAAUUAGUCAGAUAGUCCCAAUAUAUGUCUUUAUGUGGGCCUCCUCAAUCUUGGUCUUGGUCUUGGUCUUGGUCUUGGUCUUGAUUGUUUUUUGUUAAGUAACCCUCUUCCUUGAUCUUUUAAAUCGUACGUUGUUGCUAGACUGAAUGAUGUAAGCUAAAUAAUAAAUUUACUGACAGCGGUAGCAGCACUCCAUUUUUUAUUUCUAGUUCUGAAUCUAGUUCUCAAUCUCAUCGUCAGAUGAUAAUUUCCUCAUUUUUUGUUCACAGACGAAGCGAACCAAGAAGGCUGGAAUCGUUGGGAAGUAUGGUAAAGUCGACCAGUCACUAAUCUUUUUGAUCGAAUCAGAAUGGAGAAUAAACUCAAGCCACUGAAAAAUUUCAGAGAUAUCUGAAGGAUAGAAGCGUUGCUGCAGGUACCAGGUAUGGUGCCAGCUUGCGGAAACAGAUCAAGAAGAUGGAAGUCAGUCAACAUGCCAAGUACUUCUGUGAAUUCUGUGGCAAGGUAUCCCUAAGCUAUUCCUUUCCCUGAUGCACCGAAUGGGAUUGCCUAAGUUGGCUGAUUAAUAGUUAUAGAUGCCAUUAGAAACUUUGAAUUGUAUCAGCUUAUAAGGAUUCCAAUCCAUAUCAGCCAAUGGCUGCAAACCGUGCCCAUCUAAUCUCACAAACUACUUCCAAUCUUUCAAGCACCAGUCUAAAAUAUUGGGUUUGCUGAUUCAUGGUUUUUAGAUACUUACAGGAACCAGGAUGGAUACUAAAAGAAUCAUCCCUGUUGGGAUUAAAUUGGCUAAUAACAAUUCCAACCCUGAUUGACCAAUCGCUAUGUACAAUGUCUUUAUGAAUUUGAUUGUCAAAAUUUUUCCUUGCCAAGAAAUGAUGAUCUGCCUGCCUAAUCCCACAAAUCACUUUCAGUAGAAAGAAAUAUAAUCUAAUCUUUUAAACAGUACUCAGUAAGGAGGAAAGCUACGGGGAUCUGGCCAUGCAGGGACUGCGGCAAAGUCAAGGCUGGCGGUGCCUACACUCUCAAGUAAGCUCAAGAGACAAUCCAAACUCUUUGCUCUGUCAAGGCCUAAUUAUUCAGCUGGAUUAAUUCCUCUCUACUUAUUUGAUCAUUUCAGCACGGCAAGUGCUGUGACUGUUCGGAGUACCAUCCGCAGACUAAGAGAGCAAGUUGAGAGCUGA